GUCAAUUUCUAACCUAUAAGUUUGACUUUUGUUGUAGAGAUUAUAUGUUUUUCUAAAUAAAAUUGAAUUAUUUGCUACAUAUACAUAACUAAACGUUUAUAACCAUAAGAAAAUGCGUCGUCGUGCUGGUUUAGGAGCUAUUCAAAAACAAAAAUUAGAACAGGAAAAGUACAAAGAUAAGGGUACUGAAAUACAAGAAAAUCAAUUUGAGCAAAUGACAAAACAGUUAGAAGUUUUUAAAAUUAAUUUAGAGGAGUUUGCCUCUAAGCAUAAGAAUGAAAUAAGAAAAAAUCCAGAAUUUAGAAGGCAGUUUCAGGAUAUGUGUGCCAGUAUAGGUGUAGAUCCAUUAUCAUCAGGUAAAGGUUUUUGGUCUAUAUUAGGCAUUGGAGACUUUUAUUAUGAGCUUGCAGUUCAAAUAGUAGAAGUGUGUUUAGCAACUAAUGAAAAAAAUGGGGGUCUUAUUAGUCUGGAUGAACUAAGAACAAGGUUAAUAAAAGCUAGAGGUCAGAGUAAACAACACCAAGAAAUUUCACAAGAUGAUCUCAUAAGAGCAGCAGAAAAACUGAAAAUAUUUGGUAGCGGUUUCAACGUAAUACCAGUGGGAAAGGGCAAGUAUAUGGUCCAAUCUGUUCCUGGAGAGCUAAGUAUGGAUCAUUCAGCUAUUUUGCAGCAAGCUGAAAAAAAUCAAGGAUUUAUUUCUGUGUCGUAUCUCAAACGAGAAUUGAAGUGGGAGGUAGAACGAAGUAGGAAAGCUUUAGAGCAUAUGGUAAAUCAGGGAUUAGCCUGGGUAGAUCUUCAAAACCCCCAAGAAAAACUGUAUUACUUUCCUAGUCUUUUUACAGCAUGUGUUAAUGCUUCAAAUUAAAUUGUUUAAUAUUUAUCUAAUAUAUUUUCGUAUUUA